AUGACGCUGAGUGAAAAUUUUCGUAUUGGACAGGAAUUAUUUAAUCAAAUAGAAAACAAUAAUCCUUCUUCUUCCGAUACUACUUAUCAGGAUCAAAUAAAAGAUGCAAUAUCGCAUUUUAGCAAAUGUUUAGUGAUGGUCAACCAAUUAAAAUUGUUUAGUUCUAAUGAAACAAUUGAAGAUAUUAAUACUGGUGAUUUAAGAUUUCUUUUGUUAGAGGCAUAUAUUGGAGAUUUAACCGUCAAACUUACUAUUGGUAAUAGAUCUGAAAUAUUGAAUAUAGCAAAGUCACAUCUUGAACAAUUUCUAAGAAACUUGGAAGUACAUAAAUUUCUUAAAGACAUGGAUAGACAAUAUAUCGAAGAUCAGUUUAGCGGAGUUAAAAAAGAUCCUGCUAAAAAACGAGAAGAAAAAAUAGCAAGAUACAAACGGGAAAAAGAGACUAAAGCAAAAGUUGAGAGUAACAAUUCUUUGACAUGUAAUGUUACAACAUAG